GAGAGGGGGGAGAAGGGAGAGGAGAGAAGAGGCAGUGGGGGAGGGACGAGAGAGAGGACGACGAGUGGGGUAGUGAGGGAAGGGAGGAGGGGAGGGGGGAGCGAACAGGCAGUGUGCAGCGAAACACUCCUCCAGUGCAGCAGGGGUCUGGAGGGGAGAGCAGGGAGAGAGGGGGGAGGAGAAGCGGGGAGAGGAGCAGGGGAAGCAAGGAGAGGAGCAGGGAGAGGAGUAGGGAGAGAGGGGAGGAUGGGAGGCCUUAUCUCUCCCCCCAAGGGGAGGAGGAGGCAGCGGAUGGGGACGAAGCGGGGAGGAUGAGAAGGAAAAGACCCAUUGGGGAAAGGCUCAACUUCAGUUCAGCCAGGGAGGAUGAUGAGGCUGAUGAGGGAGGCAGCGAUUUCCAGGUGAGGCGGGACGUGGCUUUCAGCAGUUCUCCGCAGGGAAGUCGGUUCAAAGCACCGCAAUGGCCAUGUGUAACGUCCCCCUUUGCCCCAUCCUCUAAAUCCUUUGUCCAACCUCCAUGUCAUUUGCCCACCCUCUAGAUCCUUUGCUCACUCUCUAAAUCAAUUGCCCAUCCUCUAAAUCCUUUGCUCACUCUCUAAAUCAAUUGCCCAUCCUCUAAAUCCUUUGCUCACUCUAAAUCAAUUGCCCAUCCUCUAAAUCCUUUGCUCACUCUCUUAAUCCUUUGCCUACCCUCCAAAUCCUGUCUUUCCUUCUCUAGUUCACAGAAUUACGCGAGCCAUAUGUUACUUCGUCCUUUACCCACCGUCUGAUCCAUGUCACACGGGCCACGAAUCACUUCGUCAUUUGCCCACCCCGUUAAACCCGCUCCCCGCUUCUCACCCUGUAAAGCCUAUAUUUCCUCUUGUUAUUCCCCAAUCUUUCUCGGCAGAAACGGUUGGAUCGGCGGGGGCAGGGAGAAAGGGAGGGAAGCAGGGGAGGAAGGGAGCGCUGCAGUGGGUAAUAGGGGUCGGGGGUUUGGAGGCAGGGACGAUAUAGGGGGGAGGGUAGGCAAGGGGAAAUACAGGUAUAGAGGGGAGAGUGAGGGAGAGGAGGAGGAGGUGGAAGCGAGAGGGCGGUUCAGGUCUUCUAAGGAGUAUGAUUCUAACGAGGAUGAUGAGGAAGGGGGUGGGAGGAGACGACACAGGUUCAAAGAGCGAGAAGAGGAGGACGAAAGGCAGGAAGGGAGACGGUUGCAGAAGGAGGGGAGGCGAGAUGAUGGGCAUGGUGAUACUGACAAUGGGGACAACGGAAGGGGGCAUAAAAGGGGCUUUAGCCUGAGGAAAGAAAGCAUGGAUGAUGGAGGGAUGGGGGAAAGAGGAGGAGCACGAGGGGAGGAGAGGAAGAGAAGAGGCCGAAGCAAGGAGAUGAGAGGGAGGGAGUGGGAGGAGGACGGUGAUGGUGCUGCUGAUGUUGACCCAUCACCCCCGGCUCAUCCCUUAUCCGUCUUUGAAGGCGCUCAUGGUGGUGGGGAGAUGGGCGGAAGUGGUGGCAAGUACGAGAAGAAAAGGAAGUUGAAAAGGUCCCGGAAAGAUGAGAAUGGUGGUGGUGGCCUUAGGAUAUACGCUGGAGGAUGUGAUAAUGAUGAUGGUGGAUAUGGGGAUGGCAAUACUGGGGAUGAGAACGAUCGAUGGCCAUUAGAGCAUGGUAAUUGAGUUGAGAGGCGUUUUCCAUGUUAGUAGAUGGUGAUCAUUGUUGGGCUGAGAAAAGCCCUUAGGAUCUUUCCAGAGACUAAGUCCAGUUGUAAAAUGAGACUUGAGUAGUGCAGCGGAAGUUGAGUAGUUGAACCCUUGUACUAGUAUAUGAGGACAACUCUCAUACCAUGUUGGGCUGAGAAAAGCCCUUAGGAUCUUUCCAGAGACUAAGUCCAGUUGUAAAAUGAGACUUGAGUAGUGCAGCGGAAGUUGAGUAGUUGAACCCUUGUACU